GAGCCCACCAGGCAAGGCAUGUCUCGGAGUGGGAGGUGGUGGGGAGGGACCUGUUUGAAACCUCAGCGCUGCGCAGGGGGCCUGUGGGCAGGGACAGGGGGAAGAUGGAGGCCUGCAACCAUGGAUGGGGCCAAGUUAAGAUGGUGGCAGGAGGGGUGGGGGUGACCCAGCCAGGCCUUGGGGACUCUGUGUAUACAAAGGAAGAGGGUGGCGUCUCCUCUCAGAGGCAAGGAAAUGAGGGGUUUGGGAGUUAGGAGGAGCCACAGCGUCUGAACUUGCGGUUCCCGGCAGGGGAGGGGCUCCUGGGAGCCAGUUGUGUCCAGGGAGGGAGCCGGGUCCACACUGAGUUAACACGGGGCCAGGCAGGAAGCAGAGGGCCACACAGCCUUGCUGCAGGCCUGUGAAGAGACUCAGUCUCUGGCCGGAUGUCACACUCCAUUUAUUCGCUCAUCGAGGAUUUACUGAGCACCCAGCAGGCAUCCAACACAUCCCGUAGUCCCUGCCCUUGGGAAGCUUACACUCGAAAGGCCCAGGUCCCAGGCUUUGCCACCUAUGCUGAAGUCCGUGUCAGCCUCGGAGGUGGGCCUGCAGCUGUGCUAAGCUGCGGGGGGCGGCCUGUUGGGAGGCCCUCAGCAUGGGCUCUGUCCGGUGGGGCCUGGGUGGGCCAGGGCCCAGGGACCUUCUCAGGGCUCUCCAGCUGCAGGACCUUCCUGGGGCAAGUCAGUGUGGGAGGGAGGGCGGUGGGAGAGGGAGGCUGGGCGAGCAGUGGAAAUGCCGGGGCUCCGGGCAGUGGCUGUGACCUCUGCACAGGGCCUCCUGGGUGCCCGUCCCUGGGCAGGUUGUGUAGGUACCUUACCUCAGUGGUGAGGAAGCCCAGGCCCACAGAGGGGAGGCAAGGUGGGAAUCUGAGCUGAGCUAUCUGUGCCCUCAGCGGUGAGUCUAGAGUAAGAUGGGCUCGGCACCUGGAGGCCCACCGCCUCAGUACAACCAGCCCACAGGCCUCAGCAGGGAGCUUCCCAGCCGGGCCCCAGAGCCGCUGCUGACACGGAGCCACGGAGCGGGGGGGCCUUUGUGAGGCGGGCAUGGGCAGCAGGUUCCGUCCUCUGGCCUGCCGGGGGAGGGGCAGGCAGAAGCCAGGAUCAGGGACCGCGUGGAGGAUGGUUCUCGCCAUGCUGGGGGCUCUGCACCCCAGGGCCGGGCUGAGCCUCUUUGUCCUGUACCUUGUCCUGGCAGCCGCGCUCCUCCGCCCCCAGCCGCUGAGGCCUCAGCGAGCUGUUCCUGAGGAAUUUUCAGCCCCUCUGGAACUCUCGGCGCCGCUCUCCGGCCUGGUGGACGACUACGGGGUCCGACCGAAACACCCGUGGCCUCGGGGGCCCCGACCCCUGCUUUCCCGGGCCCAGCAGCGCAAGCGAGAUGGGCCUGACAUGGCCGAGUACUACUAUGACUCACGCCUGUGAUGGGAACCCCUUAUAAAACUAUUCUGUGCA